AUCAUUGAAACGUUUGUGGUAACUUUUUUUUUAAGCAGCAUGGCAAUAAAGACAUUUAAAAUGUCACAAAAUAUGUCUAUUUCAAACCUUUUGAAAAAGAUAUAAAUAUUAAGCAGUAGUAGCCCAUAUAUGGUAGUGCAUGAAUAUAAGAAAUCAUUUGAAUGUUUGUGAUGCUGAAAUCAUAUUCUCUGUUGUGUAGGUGUAAACAUGUCGAAUUCAAUGGUAGUCAUGCAGCCCCAGCCUGUUAUGGUCUCCAGAGAUUCAGAUCAGUGGGGGUCUGGUAUCUGUGACUGUUGCAAUGACGUUCCUGAAUGUUGCUUUGCUUACUGGUGUUUCUCGUGUUUCACAUGCAUAAUAGCAAAGGAAUACGGUGAGUGUUUAUGUCUCCCCCUUUUGGAUGUCUGUGGCAUCGUCCCACCUAUAACAAUGUCCAUAAGGGUCUCAAUGCGCCAGCGUUAUGGCAUUGAGGGAGACAUGUGUAAUGACUGCUUGGUGGCCACAUUCUGCAGAGCUUGUGUUUGGUGUCAGAUGUCACGAGAGAUGAAAGCACGAGAUCUACAGGUCACUCUUGUUGGUGCAAGGAAUUUGUAAUGUGUUUUGAAGCAGCUGUGGUGUUGUGUAAAUAAUCCUGACACACGGCUGAUAUUUAAAAAGUCCUUUUUAUAGCAUUAAGAUGAGUAAAACUGCAGAUGCAAAUAAAAAACAGCAGAUCUGACUAGUAAGAUAAGAAUAGUUACUAGUAGUGAUUACAAAAGGUACUAGUGCCUAAUGAAUAACUAUAUUACUAAUAUUAAUACCUUUUGGCCUUCAUUUCAAAUAAAGAAAAUGUUGAAAAUGUCUGAAAACCAAGGUUUGGAUUGUUGGGUGCCCUGUACAGAACAUAAGUGUGAAAAACAUUCAGUGUCUGCAGCACCAGUGUGCCCUGAACAGAACAUAAAUGUAAAAACAUUCAGUGUCUGUAGCACCAGUGUGCCCUGUAC